CAACGCGCGCCGGAAAUGCGAGAUCAACUGCGCGCCGCUGGCGCUGAGGGAAGGAAGUUUGCAGUCCAGCGGCCUAGGUUCUGUGGGCAAGGCCGUGGGAGGCAGCGUUGGCUGCUUCGACACACCGAGGGCGGCGCGAUGGGAGACGAGAUGGAUGCCAUGAUUCCCGAGCGGGAGAUGAAGGAUUUUCAGUUUAGGGCGCUAAAGAAGGUGAGAAUCUUUGACUCCCCUGAGGAAUUGCCCAAGGAACGCUCGAGUCUGCUUGCUGUGUCCAACAAAUAUGGUCUGGUCUUUGCUGGUGGGGCCAGUGGCUUGCAGAUUUUUCCUACUAAAAAUCUUCUUAUUCAAAAUAAACCCGGAGAUGAUCCCAAUAAAAUAGUUGAUAAAGUCCAAGGCUUACUAGUUCCUAUGAAAUUCCCAAUCCAUCACCUGGCCUUGAGCUGUGAUAACCUCACACUCUCUGUGUGCAUGAUGUCCAGUGAAUAUGGUUCCAUUAUUGCUUUUUUUGAUGUUCGCACAUUCUCAAAUGAGGCUAAACAGCAAAAACGUCCAUUUGCCUAUCAUAAGCUUUUGAAAGACGCAGGAGGCAUGGUGAUUGAUAUGAAGUGGAACCCCACGGUCCCCUCCAUGGUGGCAGUUUGUCUGGCUGAUGGUAGUAUUGCUGUCCUGCAAGUCACGGAAACAGUGAAAGUAUGUGCAACUCUUCCUUCCACUGUAGCAGUAACCUCUGUGUGCUGGAGCCCCAAAGGAAAGCAGCUGGCAGUGGGAAAACAGAAUGGAACUGUGGUCCAGUAUCUUCCUACUUUGCAGGAAAAAAAAGUCAUUCCUUGUCCUCCGUUUUAUGAGUCAGAUCAUCCUGUCAGAGUUCUGGAUGUGCUGUGGAUCGGUACAUACGUCUUCACAAUAGUGUAUGCUGCUGCAGAUGGGACCCUGGAAACGUCUCCGGAUGUGGUGAUGGCUCUCCUGCCGAAAAAAGAAGAAAAGCACCCAGAGAUAUUUGUGAACUUUAUGGAGCCCUGUUACGGCAGCUGCGCGGAGAGGCAGCACCAUUACUACCUCAGUUACAUUGAGGAGUGGGAUUUAGUGCUGGCAGCAUCUGCGGCUUCAACAGAAGUUAGUAUCCUUGCUCGACAAAGUGAUCAGAUUAAUUGGGAAUCUUGGCUACUGGAGGAUUCUAGUCGAGCCGAGUUGCCCGUGACAGACAAGAGUGAUGACUCCUUGCCCAUGGGAGUUGCUGUAGACUAUACGAACCAAGUGGAAAUCACCAUCAAUGAUGAAAAGACUCUUCCUCCUACUCCAGUUCUCAUGUUACUUUCAACAGAUGGUGUGCUUUGUCCAUUUUAUAUGAUUAAUCAAAAUCCUGGGGUUAAGUCUCUCAUCAAAACACCGGAGCGACUUUCAUUAGAAGGAGAGCGACAGCCCAAGUCACCAGGAAGUACUCCCACUACCCCGACCUCCUCUCAAGCCCCACAGAAACUGGAUGCUUCUGCAGCUGCAGCCCCUGCCUCUCUGCCACCUUCGUCACCUGCUGCUCCCAUUGCCACUUUUUCUUUGCUUCCUGCUGGUGGAGCCCCCACUGUGUUCUCCUUUGGUUCUUCAUCCUUGAAGUCAUCGGCUACUGUCACUGGGGAGCCAUCUUCAUAUUCCAGUGGUUCUGACAGCUCCAAAGCAGCCCCGAGCCCUGGCCCAUCAACCUUCUCUUUUGUUCCCCCUUCUAAAGCCUCCCUAGCCCUCACCCCUGCAGCGUCUCCCACAGGUCCAUCAGCUGCCUCAUUCUCCUUUGGAUCAUCUGGUUUUAAGCCUACCCUGGAAAGUACACCAGUGCCAAGUAUGUCUGCUCCAAAUAUAGCAGUGAAGCCCUCCUUCCCACCCUCAACCUCUGCUGUCAAAGUCAACCUGAGUGAAAAGUUUACUGUUGCGGCUACCUCUGCUCCUGUUAGUAGCUCCCAGAGCGCACCCUCGAUGCCGCCAUUCUCUUCUGCCUCCAUGCCAGCUGCUUCUGGACCACUCAGCCAUCCCACGCCUCUCUCAGCAUCACCUAAUUCAGUGCCAUUGAAGUCCUCAGUCUUGCCCUCACCAUCAGCAGGACGAUCUGCUCAGGGCAGUCCAAGCCCUGUGCCCUCAAUGGUACAGAAAUCACCCAGGAUAACCCCUCCAGCAGCAAAGCCAGGCUCUCCCCAGGCAAAGUCACUUCAGCCUGCUGUUGCAGAAAAGCAGGGACAUCAGUGGAAAGAUUCAGAUCCUGUGAUGGCUGGAAUUGGGGAGGAGAUUGCACACUUUCAGAAGGAGUUGGAAGAGUUAAAAGCCCGAACUUCCAAAGCCUGUUUCCAAGUGGGCACUUCUGAGGAAAUGAAGAUGCUACGAACAGAAUCAGAUGACUUACAUACCUUUCUUUUGGAGAUUAAAGAGACCACAGAGUCGCUUCAUGGAGAUAUAAGUAGCCUGAAAACAACUUUACUUGAGGGCUUUGCUGGUGUUGAGGAAGCCAGAGAACAAAAUGAAAGAAAUCGUGACUCUGGUUAUCUGCAUUUGCUUUAUAAAAGACCACUGGAUCCCAAGAGUGAAGCUCAGCUUCAGGAAAUUCGGCGCCUUCAUCAGUAUGUGAAAUUUGCUGUCCAAGAUGUGAAUGAUGUUCUAGACUUGGAGUGGGAUCGGCAUCUGGAACAAAAGAAAAAACAAAGGCACCUGCUUGUGCCAGAGCGAGAGACACUGUUUAACACCCUAGCCAAUAACCGGGAAAUCAUCAACCAACAGAGGAAGAGGCUGAAUCACCUGGUGGAUAGUCUUCAGCAGCUCCGCCUUUACAACCAGACUUCCCCAUGGAGCCUGCCCUCGGCUGUUCCUUCCCAGAGCAGCAUUCACAGUUUUGACAGUGACCUUGAAAGCCUGCGCAAUGCUUUGUUAAAAACCACCAUAGAAUCUCACACCAAAUCCUUGCCCAAAGUACCAGCUAAAUUGUCCCCCAUGAAACAGGCACAACUGAGAAACUUCUUGGCCAAGAGGAAGACCCCACCAGUGAGAUCCACUGCUCCAGCCAGCCUGUCUCGAUCAGCCUUUCUGUCUCAGAGAUAUUAUGAAGACUUGGAUGAAGUCAGCUCAACAUCAUCUGUCUCCCAGUCUCUGGAGAGUGAAGAUGCACGGACGUCCUGUAAAGAUGAGGAGGCAGUGGUUCAGGCCCCUCGGCAUGCCCCCGUGGUUCGCACUCCUUCCAUCCAGCCCAGUCUCUUGCCUCAUGCAGCACCUUUUGCUAAAUCUCACCUGGUUCAUGGUUCUUCAUCUGGUGUGAUGGGAACUUCAGUGGCUACAUCUGCUAGCAAAAUUAUUCCUCAAGGGGCCGAUAGCACAAUGCUUGCCACAAAAACCGUGAAACAUGGUGCACCUAGUCCUUCCCACCCCAUCUCAGCCCCGCAGGCAGCUGCCGCAGCAGCACUCAGACGGCAGAUGGCCAGUCAGGCACCAGCUGUAAGCACUUUGACUGAAUCAACGUUGAAGAAUGUCCCUCAAGUGGUAAAUGUGCAGGAAUUGAAGAAUAACCCUGCAACCCCUUCUACAGCCAUGGGUUCUUCAGUGCCCUACUCCACAGCCAAAACACCUCACCCAGUGUUGACCCCAGUGGCCGCUAACCAAGCCAAGCAGGGGUCUCUAAUAAAUUCCCUUAAGCCAUCUGGGCCUACACCAGUAUCCGGUCAGUUAUCAUCUGGUGACAAAGCUUCAGGGACAGCCAAGAUAGAAACAGCUGUGACUUCGACUCCAUCCGCUUCUGGGCAGUUCAGCAAGCCCUUCUCAUUUUCUUCAUCAGGGACUGGCUUUAAUUUUGGGAUAAUCGCACCAACACCGUCUUCUAAUUUCACUGCUGCACAAGGGGCAACACCCUCCACUAAAGAGUCAAGCCAGCCGGACGCAUUCUCAUUUGGUGGGGGCAGCAAACCUUCUUAUGAGGCCAUUCCUGAAAGCUCACCUCCCUCAGGAAUCACAUCCGCAUCAAACACCACCCCAGGAGAACCUGCCGCAUCUAGCAGCAGACCUGUGGCACCUUCUGGAACUGCUCUUUCCACCACCUCUAGUAAGCUGGAAACCCCACCGUCCAAGUUGGGAGAGCUUCUGUUUCCAAGUUCUUUGGCUGGAGAGACUCUGGGAAGUUUUUCAGGACUGCGGGUUGGCCAAGCAGAUGAUUCUACAAAGCCAACCAAUAAGGCUUCAUCCACAAGCCUAACUAGUACCCAGCCAACCAAGACGUCAGGCGUGCCCUCAGGGUUUAAUUUUACUGCCCCCUCAGUGUUAGGGAAGCACACGGAACCCCCUGUGACCUCCUCUGCAACCGCCACCACAGUAGCACCACCAGCAGCCACCAGCACUUCCUCAACUGGCGUUUUUGGCAGUCUGCCAGUCACCAGUGCAGGAUCCUCUGGGGUCAUCAGUUUUGGUGGGACAUCUCUAAGUGGUGGCAAGACUAGUUUUUCAUUUGGAAGCCAACAGACCAAUAGCACAGUGCCCCCAUCUGCCCCACCGCCAACUACAGCUGCCACUCCCCUUCCAACAUCAUUCCCCACAUUGUCAUUCGGUAGCCUCCUGAGUUCCGCAACUACUCCCUCCCUGCCUAUGUCCUCUGGCAGAAGCACAGAAGAGGCCACUUCAUCAGCUUUGCCUGAGAAGCCAGGCGACAGUGAGGCCUCAGCAUCAGCAACCUCACUUCUAGAGGAACAGCAGUCAGCCCAGCUUCCCCAGGCUCCUCUGCAAACUCCUGACUCUGUUAAAAAAGAACCUGUUCUUGCCCAGCCUGCCAUCAGCAACUCUGGCACUGCAGCAUCUAGUACUGGUCUUGUAGCACUCUCUGCAGAGGCUACCCCAGCCACCACCGGGGUCCCUGAUGUCAGGACGGAGGCAGUACCACCUGCUUCCUCCUUUUCUGUGCCUGGGCAGACUGCUGUCACAGCAGCUGCUAUCUCAAGUGCAGGCCCUGUGGCCGUCGAAACAUCAAGCGCCCCCACAGCCCCCAGCACCACAUCCAUUGUUGCUCCCAGCCCAUCUGCAGAGGCAGCAGCAUUUGGUACCGUCACUUCUGGCUCAUCAGUCUUUGCUCAGCCCCCUGCUGCCAGUUCUAGCUCAGCUUUCAGCCAGCUCACCAACAACACAGCCACUGCCCCCUCUGCCACACCCGUGUUUGGGCAGGUGGCAGCCAGCACUGCACCAAGCCUGUUUGGGCAGCAGACUGGUAGCACAGCCAGCACAGCAGCUGCCACACCACAGGUCAGCAGCUCAGGGUUUAGCAGCCCAGCUUUUGGCACCACAGCCCCAGGGGUCUUUGGACAGACAGCCUUUGGGCAGGCCUCAGUCUUUGGGCAGUCAGCGAGCAGUGCCGCAAGUGGUUUUUCCUUCAGUCAGCCUGGGUUCACUUCCGUGCCUGCCUUCGGUCAGCCUGCUUCCUCCACCCCCACAUCCACCAGUGGAAGUGUCUUUGGUGCCGCCUCAAGUACCAGUAGCUCCAGUUCCUUCUCAUUUGGACAGUCUUCUGCCAACACAGGAGGGGGGCUGUUUGGCCAAAGCAACCCUCCUGCUUUUGGGCAGAGUCCUGGCUUUGGACAGGGAGGCUCUGUAUUUGGUGGUACCUCAGCUGCCACCACAACAGCGGCAUCCUCUGGGUUCAGCUUUUGUCAAGCUUCAGGUUUUGGGUCUAGUAAUACUGGUUCUGUGUUUGGUCAAGCAGCCAGUACUGGUGGAACAGUCUUUGGCCAGCAAUCAUCCUCUUCCAGUGGUAGCGUGUUUGGGUCUGGAAACACUGGAAGAGGGGGAGGUUUCUUCAGUGGCCUUGGAGGAAAACCCAGUCAGGAUGCAGCCAACAAAAACCCGUUCAGCUCGGCCAGUGGGGGCUUUGGAUCCACAGCUACUGCAAAUACCUCUAACCUGUUUGGAAACAGUGGGGCCAAGACAUUUGGUGGAUUUGCCAGCUCGUCGUUUGGAGAGCAGAAACCCACUGGCACUUUCAGCUCUGGAGGAGGAAGUGUGGCAUCCCAAGGCUUUGGGUUUUCCUCUCCAAACAAAACAGGUGGCUUCGGUGCUGCUCCAGUGUUUGGCAGCCCUCCUACUUUUGGGGGAUCCCCUGGGUUUGGAGGGGUGCCAGCAUUCGGUUCAGCCCCAGCCUUUACAAGCCCUCUGGGCUCGACGGGAGGCAAAGUGUUCGGAGAGGGCACUGCGGCUGCCAGCGCAGGAGGAUUCGGGUUUGGGAGCAGCAGCAACACCACAUCCUUCGGCACACUCGCGAGUCAGAAUGCCCCCACUUUCGGAUCACUGUCCCAACAGACUUCUGGUUUUGGGACCCAGAGUAGCGGAUUCUCUGGUUUUGGAUCAGGCACAGGAGGCUUCAGCUUUGGAUCAAAUAACUCGUCUGUGCAGGGUUUUGGUGGCUGGCGAAGCUGAGGGGGUGUCAGCAGGCCCUUCGGUCCCUGGGACCAACUGCAUCCUCAGCUGCUUCACCGAGAAAUGCUGGAGCAGGCUGCUCAGACCGACGCUGCCAUCAGAACACAUACACCCAGAAAGAAACAACAGAAACCGAAACUCACGAGACGCGUGAUUACUUAUUUUAUAUUUCACGUUGGGUUUUCCCUGCCACUAUUAAACUGUCCGUUUCUGUACAGAA